GUGCCGCGUGACGUGAAGGUAGUCGCACGUGCCGGCCACGGCCGCGCUGUCGUCGCGCUUUUAUUCCACUCCCACCCCGGCCCUCUCCUUCCUCCCGCCGUCGUCGCGUCGCGCCGGGCUCCACCUCCACCUCCACGCACCCACCCACCAUUAGAGACUCCACUCGCCGCCAACUAGUGCUGCUACGUACGUACGACGUACUGCCACCGGUCGCAAUCCCCGCUCGGAAUUCCCCACCACCACCACCACCGCCACCGCCACCGCGGGCGGAGCGGAAAGCGGCACCUUUCCUCCCUUUUCGCUUAUCUUUCGCCCCGCUCCCUCCGUUUCUCGCUCAAGCACUAGGAGCAGUGCUACUGCAGUAGCAGUAGUACGUCGCAAGGAAGCAACGCGGGUAAGCCAGCGGCGAAGUUGGUCUAACGCGGCGGGCUUCUGAUGUCGUCGCCGCCCGCCGCGCCGGGCCCGGCCUCGCCGCCGGGAAACCGCACAGCGCCGCCCCCGGCCUCCGCGCCGCCCGCUACCAACUCGACGCCCCCUUCGCCGCCUGCGCCACCGCCCUCUUCUCCACUCCCACCGCCGUCGACGCCCGCCGCGACGCCCCCGUCGCCGGGUGCCACCCCCGCGACGCCCUCCCUCCCGCCUCCCACGGCGCCCGGGGUGCCCGCCGCGCCGUCUCCCCCGUCGACCACGCCUUCUCCGCCGACCGAUCGUCCGACGCCGUCCGCCCAGGCCUCGCCGCCGCCGCCGACGAGCUCAGCGCUCAACACGGCCACGGUGGCGGGGAUCGCGGUGGGCGGGCUGAUCGCGCUGCUGCUCGCCAGCCUGCUCUGCUUCUGCAUGUUCAAGAAGAAGAGGCGGCACCACCCGCACCACCCUCCGCCUCCCCCGCCGCCCCACCACCUGCACUACUACGGGCACCCGCCGCCGCCGCCGCCCCCGCCGCCGUUCAAAGGGGAUCAAUAUGGGUGGCAGCAUAAUGCCCCUCCGCCACCCCCUGAUCAUGUUGUGAAGAUGAAUUCACAUCCUUCCACUAAACAGCCGCCGCCUCCGGUCAAUGUAAACAGCAGUGGUUCGGGUUCACAUUUCUCAGGCGGCGGUGAGAAUCGACCCCUGCAAUCACCGUUUGGCAACGCCCUCAGCUUCUCGAAAUGCACUUUUACUUAUGAAGAGUUGGCUGUGGCGACCAAUGAAUUCGCCGAUGCUAAUCUUCUCGGGCAAGGUGGCUUUGGAUUUGUUCACAAAGGAGUGCUGCCAGAUGGCACAGAAGUUGCCGUUAAGCAAUUGAGAGAUGGAAGUGGGCAGGGAGAGCGUGAGUUCCAGGCAGAGGUUGAGAUUAUCAGCCGAGUACAUCAUAAACAUCUCGUGACGUUGGUUGGUUAUUGCAUUUCUGAAGACAAGAGGUUGCUUGUCUAUGAGUUUGUUCCCAAUAACACAUUAGAAUUCCAUUUACAUGGAAGGCGUGGACCAACUAUGGACUGGCCUUCAAGACUACGUAUUGCUUUGGGUUCUGCGAAGGGAUUGGCCUAUCUUCACGAAGACUGCCAUCCAAAGAUCAUUCAUCGUGACAUAAAGGCAUCAAAUAUUCUUCUGGAUUACAGAUGUGAAGCUAAGGUGGCAGAUUUUGGACUUGCAAAGUUAACCUCUGAUAAUAACACCCAUGUUUCCACCAGAGUAAUGGGCACAUUUGGGUACCUUGCACCAGAGUAUGCUUCUUCUGGCAAGCUCACUGAGAAAUCAGAUGUCUUUUCUUUUGGAGUAAUGCUUCUUGAAUUAAUAACUGGACGCCGGCCUGUAAGUUCAAAGCAAGCGCAUAUGGAUGACAGCUUGGUUGACUGGGCAAGGCCUUUGAUGACACAAGCACUCGAGGAUGGUAAUCACGAUGCUUUAGUGGAUCCCCACAUGGGAAUCGAUUUCAAUGAUAACGAGAUGGCAAGGAUGAUCGCCUGCGCAGCCGCAUGUGUACGCCAUUCUGCACGGCGACGCCCACGCAUGAGCCAGGUUGUUCGGGCCCUGGAAGGCGACGUGUCGCUGGAUGAUCUGCACGAAGGCGUCCGGCCUGGCCACAGCCGGUUCAUGGGAUCGCACGCCAGCUCCGAGUAUGACACCAGCCAGUACAACGAGGACCUGAAGAAGUUCAGGAAGAUGGCGCUCGGCACCAGCAGCUUCCAGAGCAGCCAGCUAACACCGUCCAGCGGCGAGCACGAGCAGGAGCACCAGAACCCGUCCGUCCCGAGCAGCGACGGCCAUCAGCAGACGCAGGAGGUGGAGUUGGGGACUAGUACGAAGCGAGACGACGGCGACGUCGAGAGCCAGGCUUCCAUGAGAUGACCACUUUCCCUUUCCUUGGAGAGAGUUAACCUCAGGACAUCAUUUGUAAAUCCACAGCAUAGCUGAAUUCACAUAAGCUGCCAGCUGACUUGGUUGCAACGAACAAAAAUGAUAUUUUGUUCUUGAGAUAUAUAUAUAUAUAGUUCUUUUGUUAGACGCA